GUGGAAUAUCAAUUCUCUCAUUGCAUUUCUAGGAAGAUUUUAGUUACGGCCCUCAGUUGCACUAACUUAAAUAAUAAGAUGUUAUUAGCCAUCUACAAAAAGUGUUAUUUGUGUUAUUAGCCAUCUACAAAAAGUGUUAUUUAACGAUUUGUGUACAAAAACCAAUUUGUACGACGUAAUGUUGCUCGAACGGAAAUUAUUUCGAACGUAAGAAAUAAGAGGAAAAAAUAAAAACAAUAAUAGCAAGAAACGAAUAAGAAUUAAUUCCGUCUUAUUUUAUUUCGAAAAAAUGUUCGUUCCUAAAAACUUCCAUUCGAACUUUAACUUUCUUUCGAACUGACUUUCUUUCGAUAUAGACUAACUAAUAUUCGAACAACCCAUCUACAACAUACACAUUAAUUAGUUUUGUACAAUUCGUUUCGUACAAAUUAGUUUCCUGCACAUUUCCCGUAACAACACAUCAAUCUAUUGGAAACCGUAUCGGGUUUUCCCUAAACUACAAUAAUUCUUGGGGAAAUGACUCGUUCUAGUUGUUAUUGUGUUUCCUUAAAAAAGUCUGGUGCAAGGAAGAAUUGACACACAUCUGGACUGCACUGUGUGGGCUGGCACCUAAAAGAUACAUUUUGAAGUUACUGAUAACAGUUAAAUUAAGGUGUGUAUUUGUAAUGCUGUAAAUAAAAUUUUGGUCAUUUUAUUAAUUAAUAACAGGAAUUCCUGGCUCUCUAAAUUUUUUUCUUUCUAAUUUGAAACAGACCAAAAAUAGUGAAUUUUGCAGACUACUUGUUCUAUUUUUAAAUGUUUUCUCUAAAAUAAUAAUUUCUCAAAAAAAAAAUAAGAUUGUCUAACUUGUAUCUCUGUAAAUGUUCAGGUAAUGUUAUAUAGAACCAAAAUUAUUAUAUUCAAACGUUAUUUAAGUAUUAUUUGUAUGUUUAAUAACAUUCAAUGGGUUUUUAAUCGCUAGUUCUUCUCUUUAUUUAAGCACAAUCCUAUAUGUCAGAAGAAAAAAAUAGAUCUAAUACCAGCAACAAUUUUUAUAUUUCAUAAAAUUUUAAUAAAUUUAAAGCGAUGCAACAAUAUUUAUAUCAUUAAACACAAAGUCAAAUAUUAAAAUUUUCAUUUUAAAGAUAUGAUUUCAUUCUAAAUGCCACGUAAAACAUACAAGAAAUAUGUAAUUUUAAUAUAAAAGCCACUCUUCAGGCGUGCCUCAGAUAAUUACAUUGACAAAAAGCGUUGAUAACAAACAUGUAACAAUGUAUACAAAUUCAAAGCUUUUUUUUUUUUAGUAAAUAACUGCGAUCUGUUGGGGAGGUACUUUCUAUCAUUCAUAUUUGCGUAUGAUCCAUGUAUGAAUUUUAAAGUUUGAAAUCAAUUUUCUCCCCCCUGAUUUUUCCAGCGGACCGACAAUGUCAUACAAUAAUUUUGACCUGCUGAUUGUUGGGAAAACCGGCAACGGGAAAAGUGCUACAGCCAACUCUAUUAUAGGACGCAGUCAGUUUUCUCGGCAGGCCGGCAGCGUCUCAGACUCAACGUCUCCGUCUACCGGCAAAGGCCGCUUUAACGGGAUCGAGAUUACAGUAGUGGAUGGUCUUGACAUCUGCCGUGCCGGCCAAGAGGCAGAGUUUGAAGAUGUCAGAAAGGCCCUUAGUUUGUGCAAGGACGGAUUCUCUGCCCUGCUGAUUGUCUUGAAAUUCGGAACGAGAUUCGGAGAGGAGGACGUAAAAGUUGUGGAGAUGCUAAAAUCCAUAUUUGGUCAUGAGGUCUUGAAAGAGUUCGGUGUCUGUGUGUUAGCCCAUGGGGAUAACUUUAAGUACGCCAUGGAGAACGAGGAUGAACCGUUUAGAAAUGUCAGUGAGUGGUUUCAGAUGCAGACGGGGAAAGUGAAAGACCUCUACGACGAAUGCGGAGAGAGAUGUGUAUUGUUUGAUAAUAUAACGAAAACCCCAAAAGAAAGGAGUGAACAAAUUAAGGAUCUUUGUAGCAUUGUUGAAAACUUGGUCAGAAAAAACAAGAGGAGAUACACUCUUGAAGAUUAUAAAAACGCUGAACAGGGUCGGAAGCAACUCGAGUCACUCAAGUUGUACCCGAAAAUAAAAGAAGAAACUGACUUGCUGGUUGAGAGAGUGAAAGAGAGGAUGCAUUUCAAUCAAGGUAAAAGUGAGCUGGACAUCGCUCAAUUAAAAGAGAUUCAAAACGAACUUGAGGUUCACAUGUCGAAUGUUAAUUUUAAACUGGGUGAUGAGGUGGUGAAGGCAAAACACUUAGAUGUUGUUGUUCGUAGCUUGCUGAUGGAAAUUAAAUCUAAAAUCAGAAGCGGUCGUAUGUAUGUAGAAACCUUAAAUAAGGUCAAUAAAACAAUCGACGAUGAUACCAUGGGUGAGUUCGAAGUGAUAGAGGCUAUACAAGACAGUUGUGAUAUGGAUUUUGAAAUUAUGGGGAUACAAAAUAAAAACGAAGAGGACGUCAAGUCAAGAAACCAGGAGGAGAGUGUAGUGUCUUUGGUUGAAGAAGCCAAGAGCACUGUAAGGGAAGCUGAAAUACGUCUUAUUGCGACCUACGAAAAUGUGAAAGGAAUUUUAGAGCAAAUGCUACGUGAGCCAGGCCAAUCAUCCACAGUCAGAAUCAUGAUUAAUAAGGCAAUAGAAGAUAUUGAUGAGAAGCACACACGUUUCUCUGGUAAUGAAGAAAACAGGUCAAGAGUAAAGAAGAUGAGGCUAUCUGAAGAUGUUGAGUUUUCAGGUGCAGUGAAUAACAUUUCCACGAAAAUGGAGGUACGUAUUUUAUGUACAUCACAAAAUAUCCACACUCAAAGGACAAACUGUUUUAUGUUUGCGUUGAUUACCACACUUUUAUUAUCCAAAUAAAUACAUAUUAUUCAUAUUUAAAAAAAACAAAAAAAAACACCCGCUUUUUCCAACGUACUUCACAACUUAUACAGCACAGGGACAAUUUAAAUGGGGAUAUUUUUUUCUUGCAAUACAUUUUUAAGGUAGUUACAGGAUAUUGAAUUUUGGACCUCACAUACAUCUGAUCAUGUAUACAAAUGUAUCCAUCGUAAAGCAUCCCUAAGGUUUUCAUUAUUGAAAGAACUGCGAAGGCCUGAAGAUUGAUCAAUAGAAUUGAUUUAUAUAUACAUUAUAAUAAUUUAACAUAUUUCUUUUUCUGUAUUUUCCAGCAAAUUCCAUUUGAUCCGAAUGAAAUCAGUUUAAUCCUCUUCGGUAGUGCCGGAAACGGUAAAAGCGCCACGGCCAACUCAAUUCUGGGGAGAAAUGCUUUCAAAAUAACCUCAAACACGACUCCAUUGGCUUCACCGUUUGAGAAACACAGUUCCAGGAUAAAAGAAUGGACGGUAAACGUGGUCGAUGGACCAGGGGUUGACACCAGCAAAGACGGACACGAAGUACUGGAGGCGUCGCUUAAGUCCAUUAAAGAAGCUCUGGAACUGUGCGACUACCAAUUUUCAGCCCUGUUGAUUGUAUUGAGGUAUGGAGCUUGCCUCACCAAACAAGAAAUUGAAACCAUGAGUAUUAUAAGGGGUGUCUUGGGAAAAGAUGUCCUUAGAAAAUACGGGGUCUGCGUUGUUACCCACGGGGACAAUUUUGAAUAUGACAUGGAGGAUGCAGGAAACAUCGUCAAGUUUGAGGAAUGGUACAGGACAUAUGAUGCCCAGAUAAGCCAACUGCUUUCUGAGUGUAAGUACAGAUUCGUUCGUUUUAAUAACAAAAAUGCAAAGCCCAAUGUUAAAAGUCAGCAAGUCGAAACUCUCAUAUCCCUUAUCAAAAGCGGACAGAAGUAUUCAAAAGCAGAAUUCUUGAGUGUGGCUGGAGAACUUAAAAGCUUCACCAGAGACAUUCUGCUACCUCAUCUGAAGUCGCAUUCCAAUCAAUUUCUUGACAAUAUCAGACAUCGACUUCAAGAAACUGAAACCCGUUUGAAAGAAGACUGUCAGGUACACAUCCUAGAGCUAAAGAAAAUACUACAGGAUGUCAAAGAAUACCAAGAAAUAUUACAUGGAAUGUUUGAAAACUCUGAUGAGCGACAACCUCUUUCUCAGAUGGUUGCAGUGUUAGCUGGUGAAAUCCAAACUAAAAUCAAACUUUGCGAACAAGAAUUAAAUAAUAAAGCGAAAGCAACAGAGGCAAAAACUGGUCAAGCAUGCUUAGCCCCAUCCUACUCUAGACAAGAUUACAAAAGUGCUCGCUCAUCAGUGUCUACAUUUCCUCCAAAGUCUACAGACAGAUCAAAUCGCUUCAGUGACGUGAAAGAAUCAAUGAGCCCUUCUCGUGCUUCGAGUAAGCGAAAAGCUGACUCCUCGACUGGGCAACAUUUUGCUGGCGCCAGUCAGGCUUCUAAUGAUGAGCUGACUGAUAAAGUAAAACAAGAUCUGGAAGAUAUAAGAAGAAAGUUUUCAGACGUAAAGAAAAAUCCAGAGCAAGCAACUUGUUCAUUGAAAACCAUAGACGAGGACUUGAACGAGCAGGGGCGUAUUUGUCAACUCUAUUUCCGCGAUUCACCAGAUCGUAAGGAAAUACUUGAAGAGAUAUACAGCAUAAAGCUAAUGGUGGCAGAGCACAGGAUGCUUCAGAGGAGAACGCCAAACACUGUGAAUGAGAAAUGGAAUGCUAUCGAGUAUGUUUUCAAAACGUUUUGCUACUAAUUUUUUUUUUCAUAUUAUUUGUAUUCUACUUUUUUUUUUGGUUGAUGCUUUUUUGAGUUCAUGAAGUAAAGCUACUGAGCAACACAUUGUAUAAAUUAAGCAGGGAAUUUUAUAAAUUGAAAGUAAAUAGCAAUUUGUUUGCAUUCAUGUGUACCUUAUCUACCUAUUGUAAUUUUCCCUUUAUACCUUGUCUUUUAUUCAAAUGAUUCAUGUAUAUAAUCUAACAAGUUUUCCGAUUAUAUAUUUUUUUUAAAAAAUUGGCUUCGGUGUGAACUGUUAUAUUUUCGUCUGAAGAUUCUUUAGACGAUUCUUCAGUUAAUAUGACAAUUUAUAAUUAAUAUCAUGUCAAUUUUGUUAUUGUAUUAAAAUAUAACAUAAUAUAAUUAUUGAUUACUAGUACUCGGUUUAAUUUAAGGUUUAAAGGAAGUUGUUAAAAAAUAUAUUGAAUAAGUGUUCUUUUAUAAAGAUUAAUAUUUACAAUUAGAGUAGAAUUUUGUAUGCACACAUCGUUUUUGAUUGACGUGACGUUAGUUCUCAAUAAUGUCUAGUACUUUCUAGAUGCUUAAGCUCAAAGCUGUAGAUUUUUAUAGCUUUUAUGGCUACCAGUUUAUGAAAGCAUUAUUAUGAUACAACACAUAUGAAACAACUUAAAGUAUGUGAUAAAUUAUGAAUAUUCAAAUGGUCUAUGAGACAAGUGACGUGAGUUUUUUCUUCAAGAAUUUUAAAUAGAAACUUUUGAUUACGUUUGAGUAAAAUUUGUUUUCGAUUUCUAUGUUUUAAAUUAAUUUAAUUGUUAAAAUUAUUUAAAAUUGUAUAAAUGAUUUGAUUGUGUUAUAUUAUCUAUCAAAACGUAUCACCUAAUAGUAUACUUGUAAGAUAUAUAAUGAUUUUCUAUUAGAACAUUUCUUUUCUCAAUUGUGUAUGUGUAAUGUAGUAUUUGUGUCAUAAGUAAUAAACACUUCUAUUUAAAGUUCACUUUGUUUAUUAAGGUAAUUUCCAUUACAUAUAUAUAUUUUUUAAAGCGUUAGCCAACUAAUUUUAGUCAUUACAGGGUUGUGCUGUGUCUAGUUCUCUUUUUAAGUUGUUACGUGUUUGGAAUAAAAUGUACCAGUUGUCCG